UUUGCAAGAAGUGGCUUUGAAUUUGAGAGUUGAAAAAGUUGCGCUCACGGCUAUAAAUAUAUUGAAAUACUCGUUUAGAAGUUCAAGCUAGGUUUUAUUCAGUUUAUGUUAUGUUUUUCGACAACAAAGCGCAAAAGCAUUAUUGCGCACACUCAGCGCGCGUCUAGUGGGUGGCAAAGAGCGCAGAGAGAGAGAGAGAGAAGAGAGAACGUGCGAGAGAGCGAAAGCAAUAGCCAUAGCAAUGACAGUUUUAGUUUCUCUGCUGACUUCAGACAAUUCGCAUUAAUUUAGCAAUUAAUUUAAGUGUUUCAUCUGCGGUUGACAAUGCUUUUUUGACUCAUACUAAAAAGCAAACAACGAUAAAACUACAAAAAAAUAGUCAUGUGACCACCAAUGUAACGUUGCAACCCCGCUGGAUCCACAAACUACAUCAGCGCAAUAACAAAAAGAACCACCACCGCCAUCAACAAAGCAACCAAGUGCCUUGGCAGCAGACUUUACAAUGAGAUUGUUUAUUACAUAAUACGCGAUAUAAUCGAAAAGGCUAAAUCGAAGCAAAUUUAAACUUUUAUAAAAAGAAACUCGCAGAAUGCUGCGUGACUAAGGAAAUUUGUGAUCACAGAACCAAGCGAAAAUAAGGCGAAAGACUUACAUACAUUGAGCAUGACGCACGUAAACAAUGGCAAAGGAGCGGCGUCAGCGCCAACAAAAGAGAUGGAGAGAGGGCGGCAGUGGUGGUCGGCUGUCGGUGUGGCGCCUGCUGCCGGUGCUAGUGAGCAUCGAUUUUUAGCCACUGAGAAUUUCAGUGCUAGCAGCAGCAGAAGCUCUCAUGUGGAUGCUGUGGAUGCUAUUAGUGCAACAACAAUAGCCGAACACUGCUUAGAGGAAUGCGCAUUCAUUGCGUGCCAAACAAAAGCGUCGAGCGAUUGGCACGACGACUUUUGCAUCACAGAGGAUGAACUUGAAUAUGAGGAUGAACUCGAGCUCUCAGCUGGUUGCAGUGCAAUAACAACAGCGGCGUCGACAUCGGCAGCGACGCCAGCGUAUGAGUAUGGUCUGCCGACAUUUGGUUUGGGAGAGCGUGAGCAGCAGAAUGAACAGUUACUAAUGGAAGUUCUAUGUGGUAACCGUGUUAGCCAGAUGACUCGUGCCUACGAUGAUAUUGAGGCCGUGACGCGUCUGCUGGAAGAGAAGGAAAAGGAUCUGGAGCUGACGGUGCAAAUUGGCAAGGAACUCCUCACGCAAAAUAAUGCACUAGAAGCGCGCGUAAGUGAUCUGGAAACAGAUCUUAAAGCCUCCAACGAUGACCGCGCCCAGCUGCUGCACGAGUUGCACAAGAAGAACGAACUAAUUUCGGUGCUCACCAACGAUGCAGACGAUGCAACUGAUGCGGAUACGCCUACCAUGUCAAAGUCGAUCACUCUGGACCUGCUGCAGAAGAAAGUGAACUCCUUGCUCGAUGAGAACAAGACGCUGAAGAACGAGGCCACACAGCUGGCCCACCAAACGGACGAGGUGGAGGAGCACGAGCGACGCCUGAUGGCGGACAUCAGUGCCCAGCUGAACGAUGCCAAUUCACAGUUCGACAACCUCAGUCUGGAGCUGGAGCGACAGCGCGAAGAGAAUCGACUGCAGCACGAGCAAAUUGUGAGCCUUACAGCGCGACUGGCCGAGGCGGAGAUGCGACUGCAUCAGCUGACGCAGGACAACGAUGAACACCUAUCGCUGUUGCAUGUGACGAAGGAGAAUCAAAAUGCGCUCGCCCUCGAGCUGGUGGAGUUCAAGCAGCGCUACGAGGAGGUGCUGGCGCUACUGCACUCGGCCCAGGAUCAGCUGAAGCAGCAACGCAAGCGGUCACAGCCGCAGGCGCGCAGCUCCUUCCUGGGCGGCCUGGGCACGAACGGAGCCGCUGCCGCUGUGGCCGCAGAGUCGCUGCAGUCGGAGCUGAUGGAGUCCUCGUUAUACUCGGAGAACAGCCUCGACUCGGGCAUAUCGGGCGAUAGCCAGCGCUGCGCGGAUCGCAUCAGUCGCAUGAUGUCGCAGCUGCCGGGCGGCAUGGGCAUGGCGGCCAGCUUCGGCUCCAGCAGCAUCUACGGGCCGCCGCCCUACAAGCGCGUCUUCGACACGGUGCGCUGUGCCACCAAGAGCGGCAACUACAUGGACAGCGGCAAUGUGUCGAUGACCCAGAUGGGCGCCAUGUCCAUGAGCAGUUCGUCCGGUCCGCGCAUGGCCUCCAUGGCGUAUCCGGCUGGGUCCUAUUAUCGCGGCAGCAGCAAUUCGCUGGGCCUGAAGACGCUCUCAAGCGAAAGCCUUAACUCGCAGUCGGAUGAUGGCUAUCCGGCGCAGCCUUCUGGCGUGCCUGGUGCUCCAGGUGCCAAGGAGCUGGAGGCGGCACUUAAGCGUCUGACGCCUGCCGAGGUACUGGCUCGGCGUGCGAUGCUCUCCUAUGCGCCCGCCGGCACCUACAACUACGAUGAGCCCCCGACGCAUGGCCGCGUCGGAGCAGGAGCUGCAGCAGGCGGACAGCCGGCUGGACUCAAUUUGCCCAUGGGUGUGCGCACGCCGGACAGCAUCAUGUCAACGGGAUCGGGCUCAUCUUCCGGUCUAACGACGCACCAGUGGCGCCUGCCAGAGAAGCUGCAGAUUGUGAAGCCCAUGGAGGGCUCCCAGACGCUGCAUCACUGGUCGCGCCUGGCCACGCCCACGCUAAGUGGACUACUCGAGGAGCGACCGGGCGUGACAAUACGCGGCGGUCGCGGCCUCGACGAUCUGGGCAUGCAGGUGUACACGCUGUCCGACGUCGAGGAGGAUGUCAGCGAUGAUAUCGGCCUGGGCAAGCAGUUCGAGGCGCCCGGCUGCACGUACACCUACACGAACAGCAUGGUCAUGCAUCCGGAUGAUGGUUUCGUCAACGAUCUGUCCUUCCUCUCCCAGUCACAGAUGUCGUCGCGCAUGGCCUCCACAUCCACAUCCAGACAGCCAAGUUGUCCGGCCACACCUCGUGCCGGCAUGUCGCGAAAGAAUUCGUGCUCCACGUUCUCGGUUAAUCUGGGCUUGGCCGGCAUGUUGAAUGAGCGCGGCAUCAAGGCGGUCACGCCCAGCGCCUUGAAUACGCCCGCCGGCCCUAAUUUCUCGCCCACUGUGACGCCCUGCAACAGUCCGGAAGGUUCGCCGCCGCGUGGCCAGUCGCCGGAGCCGCUCUUCGGGCUGCUCUCCUCGGGCGCUGAUCUGAUCAAGCGCAAGCUGGUGGGCCCCAGCGAGAGCCAGCUGCAGCGCAGCCUCAGCAAGCAGCAGCACCAGCAGAAGGUGAUGCUGUCGCAUCUGGAGCGUCGGGCGUUGCGCUCGCUCAAUCUGAUCGAGAAGGUGGAGAGCAUCGGGCUGGAGAACAUAAUCAGUGCACAGCGCGGCCGCAGCGCCGGCAUCGCCAAUCGCAGCAGCUCGCCGCUCUCCCAGCUGAGCAGCUGUGGCAGCAUCAGCGGCGAGAGUCUUCAGAGCGUGCACACGAACAGCAACCAGAUCGUGGAUGACAUCCACUUUGAUCGCGCACAAAUCAAGGGUGUGCUACAUCGCGGCCUCAAAUCACCAACGCCGCAGCAGCCCGCAACGUCGAUGGGCGUGGUCAGCGGCGGCAGCGCCACGACGAGCGCCUACAGCAGCGAGGACAGCGAUGACCAGGGUAUAGUGCUGCAGCUGAAGGCUAGGCCACAGCCGGUAGCAGGAGCAGGAUCAGGCGGAGCAGGAGCUACAAAAGCAGGAGUAGCGCCAGCAGCACCUGCUGCGUCCGUUGAUGUUUCCGCCACAGCCAGUGAAACGCGCGUCAAACAAAUGCAGCGACAAAAGUCGCGACGGAACCUGAAGAACGGCAUGGCUGCUCAGCGACCCGAUCUGGGCACCAUAGCAGGCGCAGGCAGCGGCCGGCGAGUGCGGCCCGAUCUCGGCAAAGUGGCGGACAGCAGUGCCUCAGCUGCUGGGGAUGCCAAGGGCAGCGACAGUGAGUCGAGGGCGGCGCCACAGAGCAUUACGCAGGCCUUUGUGGGAUCGGUUAGUUCCUUGUUAUUUGGUCGCAAAGGAGGCUGGCUGUAAGAAGAAGAAGAGGGGAGAGAGGAGAAACACACAUACACAAACACAAACACAAACAUAGAAAUACAGAUGCAUCUGCUAGGGAGAGACUCUUUAAGAGAGCUAAGCGCGCCGGACUAUGAUUUAAUUAGACUUCGUUCCAUGUGAAGAUUCGAAUGAGAUCAGUAAAGCCAAGCAAAUGAGGGUGUACCGUUAGUUGUCGCCGUUGCAGCCGCCAUUUUGUUAACGACCGUCGAUGUGGAUGUUGAAGUAGAUGUCGAUGUCGAUGUCGAUGUUAUGCAACACUGGCAACACACGCCUGCUGUCUUAGUGUUUGUAGCUGUGAUUUGUAAAUACUUGUAGUAAAAUGUUUAAAUUUAGUAGUUAUUAUUAAUUAAAGAAUCACUUGUUUUGCUUGUGCAACGGCGGCCAACUAAAAGCGAUUAUUAACAGCAGCAGCAACAACAACCCAGCAGAAUAGUGCUAGAAAAAAAAAACAAAACUAAAGUUCCAAAGCAGCUUUUUAUUUACUCAACACACUUAACGAUAUAAACUUAUAUAUGAUUUUUGCCAAUUUUGUAUUUAUUUUCAUCUAUGUGUUUACUUAAAGGGUACGAAACGUAGUUUACGAAUAUACUAUAUUACUUUUAAUUUUAUUUUUAUUUGGUUUUCUCGCUCGAUAAUAAUUCGCUGUAUAAACCGAAGAGUGUGCGAACAGAAUUAUGUAUGUAUAUAAGAUAUAAUUAACUGAAAGUGGACUUGCAAAAAGGUAUAUAUAUUUUUUUACACGUGUAUAUAUAUAGUUUACGUUAUUGCUUUCCACUCUAGCCGACUUACGUAUAUCACAAACAAGAAAUUGAACACUAUAUAUCUUUUUAACUGCCUGCAUUAUUCUAAAACGCUUCUGUUUUUGGUGCUUUGUACGCAGCCAUGCAAAGAAAAAAGAAGAAUAUCCCAAAAUUAAUUUGUUUCUAGUCUUUACAUACUACACACACACAAAGAAAAAACGCGGCACUCCUUUGGCUAUGCGCUUAGCUUUAUCAAUGCAUAGCUUCUAAACGGAGUGCACUGAACAAACCCCAAUAAAUAUUUACUCUUUUGCAUA